AUGCGAAAGGGGAACCUGCAACGAACUGCCCUGUACCUGGCAGCCGGGAAUGGCCACCAUGAAACUGUGUCAGCCUUACUGACAGCUGGUGCAGAUGUGAACACAAGAGACCAGAAACAAAGAACUCCUCUGCACCUGGCGGCCGUAGCCGAGAAUUGCUACCAUGAAACCGUGUCAGUUCUGCUGACAGCUGGUGCAGAUGUGAACGCACGGGACAAUGAGCAAAUGACUCCUCUUCACUGGGCAGCCGCAAAUGGUCACCAUGAAACUGUAUCAGCCUUACUGACAGCUGGUGCAGAUGUGAACGCACGGGACAAGUGGCAAAGUUGUCCCCUGCACUGGGCAGCCGAGAAUGGCCACCAUGAAACUGUAUCAGCCUUACUGGCAGCUGAUGCAGAUAUGAACGCAAAGAACAAGAGGCAAUAUUCUCCCCUGCACCUGGCAUCCGAGAAUGGCGACCGUGAUACUGUAUCAGCUUUACUUGAAGCUGGUGCAGAUGUGAACGCAUGGGACAAUUGUCAAAGUUCUCCCCUGCACUGGGCAGCCCUGAAUGACAAACAUGAAACUGUAUCAGCUUUACUGACAGCUGGUGCAGAUGUGAAGGCACUGGACAAGUGGAGAAAAACCCCCCUCCAUGACGCAGCUACACGGGGCCACCCCAAGUGUGCGGAAAUACUGCUGCAGCAUGGGGCUGAUACCGUCAUCAGGAACAAGGAAGGUAGAACGGCGAAUGACAUCGCAGCAGAUGAGGACAUCAGGGGCGGUAUAACUGAAAACACCAAAGAAGAGAAAGAACGAGUCACUCACGGUAGAAAAAAAGUACUGGAGCUUCUUCAAAAACAAAAUAAUAGAGUCUCCAAACCUAAGAAGGGGUACGAUCCUGUACUCGUCCGGUACUUUGAGAAAGGAAUGACCAAGGCGAAGAAGGAUUGCCCUUUGAUACAAGAAGCAGCGAAAGAGAGUGGGAAAACAGAAGAACAAGUGCGGACUUUUAUCGGCAACUACCGCAAGAGUCUGGGCGACAAGAAGCGCAGACAGUCCACAGAUGACACUGUUGCUGGACACAGCGGGUUCACGGGAUAUCAUGAAGACUCAGGAAUGUUGGAUGAGGACAUCAGGAACAAUGAUUAUGAGAGAGAACGAGUCAGUCAGAGUCAAAAGGAAAUACUGAAGCUUCCGCGACAACACAAUGAUGUGAGUCUCUACAACAAUUAUGCAUGA